AUGACAGGGGCAAAAAGGAAAAGAAGUACAGUCUGGAGGAAGAUCCAGGCUGUUCGCUUUGAAGAUAUCAAAGCCUGGUGUAUGAGAAGGCUGCCUAUCUUGAAAUGGGUGCCUGUCUACAACUGGAAGGAAAAUUUGGCUCCUGAUACUGUUUCUGGGAUGAUGCUAGCUAUCCAACAGGUGACUCAAGGGCUGGCCUUUGCUGUUUUGUCUUCAGUCCACCCAGUUUUUGGUUUAUAUGGAUCUUUUUUCCCUGCCAUUAUUUAUGCCAUAUUUGGAAUGGGACGUCACGUUGCAACAGGAACUUUUGCUUUAACUUCCUUAAUAUCUGCCAAUGCAGUUGAGCGUCUUGUUCCUUCAGUCAGAACUAAUUUCACUGCAAACAAUAAUUCAGGAAUUUUGGGUUUGUCAGAAUUUGAAAUGCAAAGGAUUGGAGUUGCAGCAGCAGUUUCAUUUCUAGGAGGAAUCAUUCAGGUAGUGAUGUUCAUGCUGCAGUUGGGCAGUGCCACUUUCUUGUUAACGGAACCCGUCAUAAGUGCCAUGACAACAGGAGCGGCUACACACGUCGUGACUUCACAAGUGAAGUAUCUGCUGGGAAUGAAAAUGCCAUAUAUAUCAGGACCACUGGCAUUUUUUCAUAUUUAUGCCUAUGUGUUUGAGAAUAUCAGAUCAGUUCAGUUGGAGGCAUUACUUCUCUCCUUGCUGAGCAUUGUGGUACUUGUCCUUGUUAAAGAACUGAAUGAGAAAUUUCACAGAAACAUUAAAGUUGUCCUGCCCAUCGAUCUACUUUUGAUAAUUGCUACAUCCAUUGCUUGCUACUAUGCUGACAUGGAAUACGUCUACGGGAUAGAAGUUGUGGGAAAUAUUCCUAAAGGGUUGCCAUCACCAAAAGCACCACCCAUGAGUGUCCUGCCUGAAGUAGUCACUGAAGCUUUUGGAGUGGCACUGGUUGGUUAUGUAGCCUCACUAGCUCUUGCUCAGGGCUCUGCUAAAAAGUUUAAAUACACUGUGGAUGACAACCAGGAAUUUUUGGCUCAUGGCCUCAGCAACGUGAUUCCUUCAUUUUUCUUUUGCAUACCAAGUGCUGCAGCGAUGGGACGGACGGCACUUUUAUACAGCACAGGCGCCAAAACACAGGUGGCUUGCCUUAUCUCUUGUGUAUUAAUUCUUGGGGUGAUCUACACAAUUGGACCUCUGCUGUACUGGCUUCCUAUGUGUGUGUUAGCAAGCAUUAUUGUUGUGGGCUUGAAGGGGAUGCUAAUGCAGUUCCGGGACUUAAAAAAAUAUUGGAAUGUGGAUAAAAUAGACUGGAGCAUCUGGGUUAGUACCUAUGUGUUUACAAUUUGCUUUGCUGCUAACGUGGGACUGUUGUAUGGCGUUGUCUGCACUAUAGUAAUCGUGAUUUUCCGCUUUCCCAGAGCAAAGACACUGAAUUUGAAAAAUAUGAAAGAAGUGGAAUAUAAAUACAAAGCAGAAGAUAAUUGUGAAUCACUAAAACAGGUAAAAAUAAUUUCAGUCAACAGCCCGUUAGUCUUUUUGAAUGCCAGAAAAUUUCACACUGACCUGUUAAAGAUAAUCCAGAAGGAUGGCAUGAGCAGCCAGUGUGAGCAGAACACAUUGCUCUGUUCAUUUUCCAAUGGAAGUUGCCAUGGUGAGUUGGUGCAGCCAUGUCACAGGGAGAGAUGUGUUUUGAUAUUAGACUGCAGUGGACUGAAUUUCUUUGACUACACUGGAGUCUCCGUGCUUCUUCAGAUUUAUGUGGACUGUAAAAACAGAUACAUCGACGUGUUGCUAGCACACUGCAAAGGUUCCUUGAUAAAAGCAAUGCAGUACGGUGGAAAUCUUGACUCUGAAAAUCCUGUAUUUUUUGAAUCUAUUUCUUCAGCAAUUGAUGCCAUUCAGAUUCACAGGAAUUACAGCAGAUUCAGUGAACAGAGUGAAGUGUGA